AUGACGCGCUUGGCACCCCCGGGGCUCCGGCUGCGGCCGCCGGCGGCUGCUGAAGCUGCUGCUGCCGCCGCGAGGUCUGCCGAGCACAACCGGCCGCUCGGGCGGCCCCGCGAUAGCCCUCAGGGCCGCGGAGGAGGCCCCGCCCCCGGCCCGGCCCGACUCCGCCCCCGUGCGGGGCCGGCUCCGCCCUCUGCGCGCAGCCCAGGCCCCGCCCCUCCGACGGCGGUGACGGGGGAGGGAAGAGAGGGAAAGAGGGGAGAGCGCAUGAGGGAGGGUGGCGUAUGCGCCUUCAGCCCUGCCUCCGGCUUACACCCUACCCUGGCCUCUGCUGUGAGUAGUCGCCUUCUGGCGGUCUUCCCUCAGCCCCAUGCCCGGAGUGCUCUCCCAGCCGAUCUCCGUCUCGGGGCAUCCCUGCCUUCCUUCAAGUACCGGCUAAAACUGCACCUCCAGUGCCCAAAGACAACCGAACCCGGGGAGCCGACCAAGCCACACCGGGAAGGAGAACAGCGACACACGCCCGGACAGGGCGGGGGGGGGGGCCGGCUGCGGAGCCUGACGCGCGCGCAUGCUCCGUGCCCCCGGCCUCCGGCCUCUCGUCCCGCCCCUUCCACGUGCGUCUGCCGCGCCUGCGCAGUGCCCUCCGGCCCGCCGGCAUUGCUUGCCCUCGAGUCGAGCGUCAGGGUGCGCGGGCGGCCGGCGGAGCGAACCCCGGUGUGCGGUGAGGGCCGGUCGGCACGAGGCUGCAGCGGCGCCCCCCCUCCCCCGCCCGUACACUCCCCGCGGAGCGCCGGCGCCGCCAUGGGGCUGCAUUCCAACCUCUCGGUGCGAGACUACAUUGCAGCUGUGGCCCUGGCUGCUGGCACCGCUGUGGUGGGCUACCUAGCUUACAAAAGGUUUUUGGUGAAAGAAAAAGGCUACGGUUCGAUGGUCAACCCCACCAUCCAGAAAGACAACCCCAAGGUUGUCCACGCAUUUGACAUGGAAGACUUGGGAGAGAAAGCCGUAUACUGCCGCUGUUGGAGGUCCAAGAAGUUCCCAUUUUGCGAUGGUGCCCACACAAAGCACAAUGAAGAAACUGGCGACAACGUGGGACCACUGAUCAUCAAGAAAAAAGAGGCGUAAUCAGUGGACAUUGUAGACUGAUUUGUCCUAAUGUUGCUGAUUGUUUUACAAGGCAUUAUAUUACUUCUGUCCAAUUUCCUUUCCCCCAGGGUUCUCAGUGUGGUUUCUUGUAAGUUAAGGCUUUCAUUUAUGUGCCCUCUGCCUUACUACUUGUCCAAACACCAUGGUGACACUCACUGUAAAGAAUCCUCCUGGCCUGUGGGUAGUUCUUCUGUCUUGUAGGGAUUGUGUUCAUCGGUUUCUUCAAAUUUCAAAUAAUGACAGGAUAUCCUUGGGUCUGUAUGUUGAUGUUAAUAUAUUAAAUUAUUUUCAAAAUCAUGUA